CGCUCGCGCUCGCGCACUCCUACUCGUGCGGCGAAUUUCGCGUCGGCUGCUACUAUAUAUAAACACACACAUGCGAAAUGUACGGGCUACAAACUACACAACAGAAAACAUAGUAGCGCAAUUUUUCUCGUUUCAAGUUUUGCGCUACGAUAACCGAUAACUCGCUGCAACUUGAGAAAUGUCACUGAAGCACGUCGUCAUCGGCGGUGGAACCGGUUACGUUGGAUCCUGCAUCGCGACGGCUCUGCACAGUUUGAACGUCAGAACGACGAUUAUCUCGCGUAUGCCAGGACCCAACAGAAUAUCCUGGCAACAUUUGGAAACUAACGGACUGCCUAACGAUACCACUGCCGUGAUAAAUGUCGCUGGUCAGAAUAUUUUAGACUUCACCCAGAGGUGGACUCCUGGUUUCAAACAAAAUGUUUAUAACAGCAGAGUUAAAACUAACGAUCAAUUGGUGAAAGCCAUUACGAAUUCAGAUGUCAAAACAUUCAUCAGCAUAUCUGGAGUGGCUUACUAUCCACCCGAUGGAAAAGAGUAUUCUGAAUAUGACAAGUGUGAAAAAUAUGAUUUUCUUUCAGAACUCACUCAUGAUUGGGAAAAAGCUUCAGAACUACCAGAUGGAUGUAGUACCAGAAGGGCUAUAGUAAGAUCAGGAGUUGUUCUAGGAAGAACUGGGGGUAUGAUCAAACAAACUUUUCUACCAUUUUUCCUAGGAGUGGGUGGUCCUCUUGGAAGUGGAGAUCAAUACAUGCCUUGGAUUCACAUAAAAGAUCUAGUCAAUAUUUUUAUUCACAUUUUAAAAAAUGAUAACGCAUCAGGAGUUUAUAAUGGUGUUGCUCCUGAACUUGUCACAAAUGCCAAAUUCACAAAAGCUUUUGCAUCAGCUCUCACAAGACCAGCCUUUUUCCCAAUACCAGGAUUUUUCUUAAAGAUGCUCUUGAAUGAAGAAAGGGCAAAGGUAAUGCUUGAAGGUCAAAAAGUUUUACCAAAGAGAGUUCUGGAAUCAGGUUUCAAAUAUGAAUAUCCUACAAUAGAAGAAGCUUGUAAGCAGUUUGGAGUAUUAUUUUACAGCUCAGAGCCAUACUAAUUAAUACACAAAGCAAAUAAAUUUACUGUGAAAAAAUCAAUUUAUUUUAUAAAUAAAUUGAAUA